CACGAAGCUCAGAAAGUAAAGAUGGCGUCGUUCGUUUACUGUAGUUGUCAUAUAACGUCAAAAUAAUAGUUUUUUUAGUGUUCAUAGCCAUAAUGGAUCAUAAAAAAAGUCCAAUUCGAAGAGCUAAACGUCAAGCAAAAGUGUUGGAAGAUAAUUUCUGGGAUUGCAGUGUGUGUACGUUUAGAAACACGGCAGAAGCAUUUAAAUGCCUGAUGUGUGACGUUCGCAAGGGAACAUCGACCCGUAAACCUCGAAUAAAUCCGCAGCUAGCGGCCCAACAGGUAGCAAGUCAGUUCCUGCCUGCUACCAGUAAUCAAAAGAAGGAAAAGAAAGACAAGAAAUCAAUGAAAAAACGCAGACAUCCGCCACGACUGAAGAACGUAGACAGGAGCACGGCGCAAACCAGGGAAGUAACUGUGAACAGUGUUACAGUGACGAUUACUGAAUAUAAGCCAAAAAUUAAAACCACGGAGACUAUUUCUAGCAGCAGUUCUUCGGAUCACGGUUCACAAUCCGAGUCCAGCAUGGACGCGCGAUGAAAACAAAAAUCCAUGUUAAAGUACACAAAAAAUUAUUAAUUUAGUGUUGUGAC